AUGGAAGGCCCAAAAAUCGCUGAGUACGUUCAAAGGUUCCAUGAUCUGUCCCAUGUGGUGCCGUACAUGGUCACGCCCGAAUUCAAGUGCGUGGAACGUUUCAUCUGGGGGUUAGCACCUCAAAUUAUGAGCAUGGUUACAACGUCAAAACCGGCAACCAUUACUGAAGCCAUCGAUCUGAGCAUAUCACUGACUGAAGAAGCCAUCAGGCUAAACAAGUUUUCAAAUGGCGACCAGAAAAAGAAGGAGACUCAUGUGGAGUCGUCUGGUGAGAACAAGCGGAAAUAUUCCAACUUUAAGAAAGGAACCAGCAGUGGGAGCAAGAAGGGUGAAUCAAACACACCGGCCAGGGCCAACACCGGUGUCGAAGGCAAAGGAAAGGGUUACAUGGGCGCUUUGCCCAAAUGUGACAUAUGCAUGUACCAUCACUCGGGUCAGUGCAGGUUGAGGAAAUGCGAGUCUUGUGGUAAGGAGGGCCAUUCGAAGAAUACUUGCUGGGCUGGCACAGGUGCUGGUCGUGGAAACAAUGGUCAUAGGGGUGUUGGUAACAACAAUCGCGGUGGGAACGGAAAUGGGAACAGAAGUGGUGGAAAUGGUAAUCGGGGAAAUGUUGGAAACCAAACUGGGAAUCGGGGAGCAAAUAAUGCUCAAGGUGGUAAUGGGAAUGGCCGAGGACCAGGAUGUUUCAACUGUGGAGACGUCGGGCACUUUAAAAGGGAAUGCCCAAAAUUGAAUCAGGCGCAAGGUAGAGUCUUUAACAUCGGCGCAAGGGAAGCGCGCUAG